UUAUACAAUUACAACAUGGUAUCUGGUCAAGACAAGGCACUUGACAUUAUUGAGCUUGAACAAAAAGCACAGCUUGUUCGAGAGCUGGAUGGACAUGUUAUGAGAUGUGUUCGUGAUCAAAACGGGAAUCAUGUAAUACAAAAGUGCAUUGAGAGUGUUCCAACAGAGAGAAUUGAGUUUAUCAUAUCUGCUUUUCGCGGUCAAGUUGCGACGCUUUCUAUGCAUCCUUAUGGUUGCCGUGUCAUACAGAGAGUUCUAGAGCAUUGUACAGAUGAGCUGCGAUGUCAGUUUAUAGUGGAUGAAAUAUUGGAGUCUGUUUGUGCUCUUGCUCAGGACCAGUAUGGCAACUAUGUCACCCAGCAUGUAUUGGAGAGAGGAAAGCCUCAGGAAAGGCGCCAGAUUAUAAGCAAGUUGUCAGGACAUAUUGUACAUCUGAGCCAGCAUAAAUUUGCUUCAAACGUUGUUGAGAAAUGUUUGGAGUAUGGUGGUGCCACUGAACGAGAGCUGUUAAUUGGGGAGAUUUUUGGGCAUACGGAAGGAACUGAUAAUUUAUUGACAAUGAUGAAGGACCAAUUUGCAAAUUACGUGGUCCAGAAGAUUCUUGACAUAUGUUCUGAUAAUCAGCGAGCAAUAUUGCUUAGUUGUGUUGAUGCACAGUUUUCCAAAAGAUGA